CGUUCUUGAUCUGAAAGCUCGAUAAAAAUGGCAGCUUUAGCACCUGGAAUUCUUCAAAAGCUAAUCCAAGGUAUGAAAACAGGAAUCAAACCAACUAGAGAGCACCGGAGCUCUAUGUUACAGGUCACAGAUAUCGUCCCCAUAGGUCUCGACGAGAAGUCUCUGGAGCCGAAACAAGGGUUUCUCAUCAAAGUCUCUGAUUCCUCUCACUCAAUCUAUGUCUCACUUCCUUCAGACCAAGACGACGUCGUUCUCAGCAACAAGAUGCAGCUUGGUCAGUUUAUCUACGUCGAUCGGCUCGAACCUGGAUCCCCUGUUCCUGUCAUUAAAGGCGCAAAACCAAUCCCUGGUCGGCACCCACUGCUUGGGACGCCGGAGACAUUGAUGGGUCCGAAAGGAAGAUCUGAUCAAGAGAUUGGAUCGAAGCCGAGAAGAGGAUCUUGGGGACAAAACGUCGACGUUUCUUCGUCUCCGUUUGUUGUGAAACCAAUGCCGUUGGAUUUUGAUCAUUCCACGCCGGUGAAUAGGUCUGUUUCAGCUAGAUUCGCAGCGUCUCCGAUCAGAAGAGGUGGAGUGAGAUGCUCUUUUGGUGGAGGGGUUUUGGGGAAAAUGGAAGGAGAGAGUCCGGCGACGGCGAUGCUGAGGAAGAGUUGUUUUGUUUCGUCGGCUUCGAAGUUUCCGAGAAGUAGAAGUGUUUGUGACAGAGAGGCUAAAAAGAACAAUGCUUCUCUUUUUAGUCCCUUCAAAUUCUCUCUAGAAGUUCAAGAAGAUGUUGUUCCCUUGUCUACCUCGAAGACGAAGACGUUAAAACCCGAGAAAGAUACCAAUUUACCAGGAAGGCUCAACACACUAAGCAAGGAAGCAACUCAGCUUCGGGAGGCAGCGCAGAAGGUUGCCCUUCAGGCGUUGCGAGAAGCUACAAUUACGGAAACUGUUGUUCGUCAUCUCAAGACGUUCACCAAUCUGAAUAAAUCAGCAAAAGCUGAUUGCCCUGGGGUGUGCUUUGAGAAGUUCAUGGAGUUUCACCAGCACAUGGCACAAACCAUUGGCGAACUCGCUUCAAUUGAAGCAGCUGCUCCAGAUGCUGAGAACAAGUCACAGAACAUAAACACAAGAACCGAAAAUCAGAAACCAAGAGAAGAAGAGUCUUCUUCGAUCCUGCAUGAAAUCGCUUAUAAUUCUAUUGAUCAGGAGAAAAGGAGAUCAAAGAGGCGGAAUGUCCUGAAGCAGCAAGAAGGGAAGACAUUGAGAUCAAAUGAUGAGAGCAAGAACCCAGCUUGUGGCGGUAUAAGCAACACGAUUAGAUUGGCAAAGGAGAUCGAGGAUGAAGCUGCAAACUGGUUCAUGGAGUUCGUCGAAAUGGCUCUGGAGAAAGGUAUGAAGAAAUCUAGAGGCCCUGAUGAUGCAGACGUUAAGAAAGUUCCGCAAUCUCUGAUUCUCGGGGUUUUGAACUGGAUUGAAGUCGAACAGUCUAAUAGCAACAACAAGAGACGUACAGUCCAUCCAAAAACAUCAAAGAUCACUCGAAAGCUCAGAAUUAAAUUGAAGAAUCCUUGAACCAUACCUUAGUGAGAAACACUGAAUCCACGUUGUAGCCUUUUACAGCUUAUAUAAGUCUUUUGUGUUUAUGGUGUAAAACAAAAAGAAUUUUCACAU